AUGGCCGGGCGGCGCUGGGCCGGCCGGUGCGCGGCCCUGGCCGUGCUCCUGACAGCCUGGUCCCUGCCCCGAGGAGGCAGCGCCGGCCGGCUCUUCCUCAACGAGUGGGCGGCGGAGAUCCCGGCCGGCCCCGACGCUGCCAGAGCCAUCGCGGACGAGCUGGACUACGACCUGGUGGGGCAGAUUGGAUCACUCAAAAACCACUACUUAUUCAGACAUAAGAGUCACCCCAGACGGUCCCGAAGAAGUGCUAUUCAUAUCACUAAGAGACUUUCUGAUGAUGAGCGGGUGUCGUGGGCAGAGCAGCAGUAUGAAAAAAAGCGAACCAAGCGUGCCUCUGUGAGAGACUCAGCAGAAAGUCUUUUCAAUGACCCUAUGUGGAACCAGCAGUGGUAUCUGCAAGAUACAAGAAUUACUCCAUCCCUGCCCAAACUGGAUCUCCACGUUAUUCCUGUGUGGCAGAAAGGAUUUACAGGAAAGGGAGUUGUCAUCACCGUCCUAGAUGAUGGAUUGGAGUGGAAUCACACUGACAUCUAUGCUAACUAUGACCCAAAGGCAAGUUAUGAUUUCAACGACAAUGAUCAUGAUCCCUUUCCUAGAUAUGAUCCAACAAAUGAAAACAAGCAUGGGACACGCUGUGCAGGAGAAAUUGCCAUGCAAGCCAACAACAGAAAAUGUGGAGUUGGAGUAGCCUACAACUCCAGGGUUGGAGGUAUACGAAUGCUGGAUGGAAUAGUCACCGAUGCUAUUGAGGCCAGUUCAAUCGGUUUCAAUCCAGAACAUGUGGAUAUUUACAGUGCAAGCUGGGGCCCUAACGACGAUGGUAAAACAGUGGAGGGGCCUGGGAGGUUGGCACAGAAGGCUUUCGAGUAUGGGAUAAACCAGGGCCGAAAUGGGAAAGGUUCCAUUUUCGUGUGGGCUUCAGGGAAUGGAGGUCGUCAGGGUGACAACUGUGACUGUGAUGGUUACACUGACAGCAUCUACACCAUCUCCAUUAGCAGUGCUUCUCAGCAAGGGCUUUCUCCCUGGUAUGCAGAGAAGUGCUCUUCAACUCUGGCCACAGCCUACAGCAGCGGGGAUUAUACUGACCAAAGAAUUACAAGCGUUGAUCUUCACAAUGAGUGUACAGAAACCCAUACAGGGACCUCUGCAUCUGCACCUCUGGCAGCAGGAAUUUUUGCUCUGGCCCUGGAAGCAAACCCAGAUCUUACAUGGAGGGAUAUGCAGCACUUGGUAGUGUGGACCUCAGAAUAUGAUCCACUGGCUGGAAAUCCAGGAUGGAAAAAAAAUGGAGCAGGACUGAUGGUUAACAGCCGAUUUGGGUUUGGGCUACUCAAUGCUAAUGCCUUGGUGGAUUUGGCUGAUCCCACAAGAUGGAAAGGUGUACCAGAAAAAAGAGAGUGUAUAGUCAAAGACAAGAGCUUCGAACCCAGAUUAUUAAGAGCAAAUGAAGAAGUCAUCAUUGAAAUUCCCACAAAAGCCUGUGAGGGUCAAGAGAACUCCAUUGCAUCUCUGGAGCAUGUGCAGCUCGAGGCAACAAUUGAAUAUUCCCGUAGAGGUGAUCUUCAUGUUACUCUGGUUUCUCCAUCAGGGACCAGCACUGUCUUACUGGCUGAGAGAGAGAGAGACAAAUCUCCCAAUGGCUUCAAGAACUGGGACUUCAUGUCUGUCCAUACAUGGGGGGAAAAUCCAGCAGGCACAUGGAUUUUGAGAAUUACUGAUAUGUCCAGACGAAUACAAAAUGAGGGGAGGAUUGUAAACUGGAAAUUGAUUUUGCAUGGCACUGCUACCCAGCCUGAACACAUGAAGCAGCCACGUGUGUAUACAUCCUACAAUGCUGUGCAGAAUGACAGAAGAGGAGUGGAGAAGAUGACAGAUCUUGCAGAGGACCAUACUACACUGGAGAGCUUGAGUGAAAAACCCAAAGCCACAGAAGACACCAGCAGCAGCAGUGACAAAGCAGAAGAUAAAAUCCCAUCAGAGGCCAUGCUGCAUUUACUGCAAAGUGCUUUUAGCAGACAGAUGGAUCAGAAGCAACUGCCAAAGAAGACCACAAGUGAGAAGUUAAACAUUCCAUAUGAACACUUCUAUCAAGCCCUCAAAAAAUUGAACAAGCCCUCCCAGUUGAGAGGCUCAGAAGAAAGUCUGUACAGUGACUACGUUGAUCUUUUUUACAAUGCCAAACCUUACAAGCAUAGAGAUGAUAGACUGCUGCAAGCUUUGGUUGAUAUCAUAAAUGAAGGAAAUUAA